AUGGUGUUGGAAAUGUUAUGAGUCUACUGAUUCAUGUAGUUGAUAAUUAAUAAUUUGCGAAGUGAUUUAAUAUUAUAUGUAUAGUGGAAUUUUAAUAUUGAUGUCGUGACAGUGAAAUCAAAAUGCAGUUCUUUAGGGAAAAGAAAAUUCUCAAUGCUGCACAGUUAAAAAGACUGAGUGAACACAAGUAUUCGUGUACAAGUGACAGUAUUCUGGAUGCUCUACUUCAGCCGUGGUGGUGCUGGCUUGUCUCAAAGACACCGCUUUGGCUGGCACCGAAUCUCAUCACUAUCCUAGGUUUAAUAGUUAAUAUAAUCACCACACUAAUUUUAGUUUGGUACAGCCCAGACGCACAACAAGAGCCGCCGAGAUGGUCAUUCGCCUUGUGCGCACUAGGAGUCUUCAUCUACCAGAGUCUGGAUGCCAUAGACGGCAAGCAGGCGCGUCGGACCGGCAGCCAGUCACCAUUGGGCGAGUUGUUCGACCACGGCUGUGAUAGCAUAUCCACUGUUUUUAUAGCUCUUGGCGCGUGCAUAGCAGUCAAACUUGGAGAAUAUCCCACGUGGAUGUUCUUUCAGUGUAUAUGCGCAAUGACCCUGUUCUACUGCGCGCACUGGCAGGCCUACGUGACGGGUACACUCAAGAUGGGACGUAUCGACGUCACCGAGGCUCAGUACUCCAUCAUUGCUAUUCAUCUCGUCUCCGCCACACUUGGACCCGGUUUCUGGUCCACUCAGAUCGCAGGCGCGCUAGAAGCACGGUACUCGCUGGCUUUGGCCGCGGUGACCGGCACCUUCCUCACCGUAGGCACCCUAGCUGCGGCAAUCGUGACUGGCGGCGUUGGAAAGAACGGCUCUACCGUCGCUAUACCGACCAUAAACACGAGUAUCAGUCUGCUAUCGAAUUACGGAGUGAUCGCCCUAUCCGCGUACCUUAUACUUGGAUACGUAAAUGUCAUAAUGAGGGGCGGAGUGGGGAAAAAUGGCUCCACAGUUGCUGGUACCAGCAUCCUAUCGCCGGUGAUACCGUUCUCGCUGGUCGUGGUGCCAGCUUUCAUCAUCUUCCAAAAGAGCGAGUCGCAAGUGUAUGAGAACCAUCCCGCCCUCUAUAUUAUGGCGUUCGGUAUGGUAGCUGCGAAAGUCACCAACAGACUUGUGGUGGCUCACAUGACAAAAAGCGAGAUGGAGUACUACGACUGGUCGCUGCUGGGACCCUCGAUGCUGUUCCUCAACCAGUACUUUAAUAACGCAAUACCUGAGUACUACGUACUCUGGUUAUGUACGAUAUGGGUAUGCAUAGACCUGGUGAGGUACUGCGGCCAGAUCUGCCUGGAGAUCUGCGACCACCUCAAGAUACAGUUGUUCCGCAUCUCGCCGCCCAGCGCCGCGCCGCCCGACAGAAACGUGACGAGUGACAGCGAGAAAUCAGACGCUGAGGACUCUGCUCCGUUGCUUAACAACAACACAAGUGUUAGUUAAUGGUAUAUAGGUAUAUAUUAAUAGAUAAAUUAAUAUAUGUAACACCUUGGAUUGAAACAAAAAGAAAGGCAUACGGCAUAUUCUCAUUCUAACUAAAAAACAAUAAGGACCACAUGAUGGAAAAAUCUAUCACUUGUUAUUUAAUAUGGAUAAUAUCCUUCAAGCAGACAUGUCCGCGAGGGUUGAACGAGUACUGGUUUUUGGACUGGCUAAAAACUACAGUAGUCCUUUAUCAUUGUGCCGGGAUCUCGGGGUCCCGGGGUCAGUUCUGCUUUCUACCACGACCCUUGCGGCAUGUCCACAAGGGUAAAACGUGUACUGCAGGUUUUCUACUGGUUAAAAACAACUACAGUACUCCUCUUCUAUAGUGCCGUGAUCUCGGGGUCCCGGUGUCACUUGUGCUUUCUACCACGACCCACCAACCUCGAAUUGGUUAUUUAAUAUGGAUAAGAUCCAUCAAGGAGAUAUGUCCGCGAGGGUUAAAUGUGUACUGCAGGUUGUCUACUAGCUAAAAACAACAGCAGUAUCCCUCUGCCAUAGUGCCGGGAUCUCGGGGUCCCGGGGUCACUAGUGCUGUCUACCGCAACCCUUGCGGCAUGUCCACGAGGCUUAAAUGUGUACUGCAGGUUUUCUACUGUAUAAAAAUUACUAAGUAUUCCUCUGACAUAGUGCAGGGAUCUCGAGGUCCCGGGGUCACUUGUACUUUCUACCGCGACCCUUGCGGCAUGUCCGCGAGGUUUAAACGUAUACUGUAGGUUUUUUACUGGAUAAAAAUUACUACGGUAUUUCUCUGCCAUAGUGCCGGGAUCUCUAGGUCCCGGGGUCAC